UGGACGACCACGUGACGAUGAACUACCAGAGCGCGAGGCCAGGAGAGGAGUUCGAAGAACAUUGAGAUGUCGAAUUCCUUCGAGCGGUCUCUAAACACGGACCACCUUUCUGCUUCGGCUAAAAUACUGUUCUGCAGAUGAAGACGAUUCGCACAUUACAGCCUUGGCACAGGUGCCCGAGUAGCCUCGUGUGAAAGCCAUGGUAUUAUAUUACAUGCGCAGUCAUCUUCUGGCGACACAGCUAUCGAAUGUGCGAAGCAUGUGCAUCAGCGAUACUCUUCAAAUCAGAUAGUAGAGCACGCCGUUAAAGACAUAACGACAGCACGAAGAAAAAAAAUACAACUUUGCAUAUUGGCAGGCACAAGCAAGAACUAAGUUUUUGAAGUUACUCCUCGUAAAGAAAGUUGUUACAGCAAAUGCUGGAUUUUCAUGUUAAAUAUGGCAGGAAUAGACCGGAUCAGGCACCGUGUGGUUCAUGCAUAGUUACCGCUAGCGGUAUUGCUAGUAAUCCCGUGAACUGAAAGUCACGACUGAAGCAGGGUACACAAGACGUAACCGCAACGGGUGACAAAAAGUGGUUUUUAUAGUCGCCAAGCUUUGUGAGCAUCUGGGAGUACGGUGUUUCUGUGCACGUCCGUUCCCGGAAACUGCCUCUCCUAAGGAAGUAGGCGAUAAAGAGCAGCCAUGUACGGACUGAUCUUCGAGAACCUGAGCCAGUACGUGACUUCGGUCUACGGGCCAGAACGCUGGGAGGAGAUCCGGCGCCGGUCAAGGAUCGAGCUGGCGACGUUCAGUACUCACGAGGUGUAUCCGGACAACUUUGUUCACAAACUCGUCAGCAAGGCGUGCAAGGUGCUCAAGAUGAGCGAACGGGAGUUCCUCGAAGGCAUGGGCGUCUACUUCGUCUCGUUCCUGGCCCAGUACGGCUACGACCGCGUCCUGUCCGUGCUGGGUCGCCACAUGCGCGACUUCCUCAACGGACUGGACAAUUUGCACGAGUACCUCAAGUUCAGCUACCCACGCAUGAAGGCGCCCUCAUUCUUCUGCGAGGACGAGUCCUCGACGGGACUGACGCUCCACUACCGGAGCACGCGGCGAGGGUACCUAUGGUACACCAUCGGCCAAAUCAAAGAAGUUGGCCGUCACUUCUACAAUACCGAAGUUGAAGUGGAAGUUCUCAAGGAGGAGUCCAUUUUCAACACACUACACGUCAUCAUGAGGCUCAGCUUCGACAAUAUGGCUUACCAACCGCCGUCACUAAAGCUGGAUGAAGAGGACAUGGUGAGCAGAACUCUGCUACCGGUGAAGGCAUUCGUGUUCCUCGAAAUCUUCCCUUUCUGCGUCGUGUUCAACGAGAGCCUGAACAUCACCAACAUCGGCAACAGCCUGCAGGCCGUCAUGCCCGCCGUGGUCGGAAAGCGCAUACCCGAAGUGUUCGACCUGACCAAGCCAAUGGUGGAAUGCUCCUGGAAGUCGAUCAUGGGCCACACAAACAACGUGUUCGAGCUGACUUCCCUAGAGGCGGUGCGAGCCCGGUGCAACCUGGACAGCAAUACAGACAACGUGUCGCAAUGUGAUUUCAGCGAGAACGGUGAAUUCAAUUACGAAGACGCAUUGCUGCACCUAAAGGGACAGAUGAUGUACAUGGACGAAUGGAAAAGCAUGGUCUAUCUAGCGACACCAGUGAUGCGCGACCUGGAGACAAUGGUCCUGACGGGACUCUAUAUCAACGACCUCAGUAUGCACGACUUCAGCCGCGACAUGGUGCUUGCUGGACAGCAGCAAUCCGCUGAGCUCAAGCUCGCACUAGACCAGGAGCUCCAGAAGAGCCGCCAGUUAGAGGAGUCCAUGCGCAAGCUGGACAUUGAGAUGAAGCGGACCGACGAGCUACUCUACCAGAUGAUCCCCAAAACAGUAGCCGACCAGCUGCGAAGUGGAGAGACCUCUGUCAACACCUGCCAGUACUUCGACUCGGUGACCAUUCUGUUCAGCGACGUGGUCUCCUUCACCGAGAUCUGCAGCCGAAUCACUCCCAUGGAGGUGGUCUCUAUGCUCAACUCCAUGUACUCCCUAUUCGACGAGCUCACUGAAAAGCAUGGUGUCUACAAGGUGGAAACCAUCGGCGACGCGUACAUGGUGGUGUCCGGUGCCCCAGAGCCGGAGCCCAACCAUUCGGAGAGGAUUUGCGAUAUGGGACUUGCCAUGGUCAAAGUGAUAGGCGACCUUAAGGAUCCUUCUACAGGAAAGAGCCUCAAGAUACGCGUUGGUAUCCAUUCUGGUGCGGUGGUGGCCGGUGUUGUAGGCCUGAAAAUGCCGCGGUACUGCCUGUUCGGCGAUUCCGUCAAUACGGCAUCGCGAAUGGAAAGCACUAGUGAGGCCUUACGGGUGCACAUCAGUCAGAAGACGAAGGAACUGCUCGAUGAAUCAAAGUGGCUGAUUCAGGAACGUGGAACGGUAGACGUGAAGGGCAAAGGCUCGAUGAAAACGUAUUGGCUCACGGGAAAGAAAGGCCAGGCCAACGUCAACCGGCGAUACCCGGAUGCACCGACUGUCCUUUCGACGAAGCAGGAGUCAAAGCGCCGCAAGUCCUCGGUUGGGGCCCGCUCCGUGUAUUCGCCCGUGACGUACGAGGAGAUAGCGAAGCACUCGCCAUCCAAUACGCCUCCACCCCAUGGAGGAGGGAGCACGACGUUGACGAAGCCUACGGCUGGCGUGAGUCCCACCACACAAACCGGAGGGAAUGCACCGGGCACUGCAGUUGUCAAGGACAUCACGGGGACCACGGAGAUGUCGAAUGGCUCUUCACCCAAGCGUCGGACUAUGAGCGUUGCUCCCACCACCACGCCGGUGAACGCUUCGCCCCGGGAGACUAAUGGCCGGCCAACUCCUCGCAAAACUGCGUGGACCGAGCUUGAGCUGAAGGUUCCUACACAGCCGCUGUCUCCAGCAUCGGUAGUUACCGUGCCGCCUCCGGCCAUGCUGACCACCGUCGGGCUGCAGCCGCCGUGCCAGCAUUGCACACACUGUCACAACAAUUACAAUCAGCAGCAACGAAGGCUGGCUGAUGCUUCGUCGGCCGAUUCUAGGGGUGACAAGAUGGGCUGUUGGGCAUCGUCGCCGCCUCAUCGGGCUGGCGUCGGCGGUCAUCUUGCUUCGAACGCAAGUGCCAGUGGUGGUGCGGGUUGUUCUAUCUUGUGAGAAAAAACGCUUCGAGUGCCAAGGAGAACCAACUGGAUUGGUAGUACUGCAGAAGUCCACGAAAAGAGAACUUACGGACACUUGAACCGACUUGUUCAGUAGUGUUAUUUAUUGAAUGGUAAAAUGACGUUUGUCCGGACGAUAAUAGGAAGUGUUUUCGGCAGUACGGACCUGAACAUCAGUCCUUGAAUGUUAUGAGACAGUGUAAUAGCAGCCAGAUGACCGCAACAUGGUUGUCCCCCAUGGAAAGCAAGAUUGUUUCUCCACUUGAAGCGAGACCAUUAAAUCAGUCGGUAAGGGGUAUGGCAGAUGGGUACUCGCGGUCUGCAGAAAGCAGGCGAAAUUUUUCUGUGACUCACUUAGACCAGAAUAUUCGGUCACAUGAACGUAUCAGGUAAGAUAUAGCUUGAUAGAAGUAAUGCAACAGCUCUGCAUAAGUGAAAAAAGAAAUAUUCCACUGUGCAUUCUGAGGCGGUGCUUCUCGGUGACCUGGCGUCUAUAGCUUUACUAAGACUUUGCUGAACCGUAAACGACCUACAACGAAAGUCUAAGAAAAUACAACUACAACAAAAAUAGCAACAACAAAAAACGAUGCAAAUUGUUGCGCCUGUUCUAGUUUUCGUUUGGCAGAAUUCAGUGACAGUGGGAUGGUGCUUAACUGUUACCCAGUCGAAAUAGAACGAUUAGAUCGCGUAUAAUCUAGUAUAGCGAUCCCAGAGUGAAACUGUCCAUGGACAGGUUCUGCCUAAAUAAGCCAUCAUUCUUCCGUGCAUCUUUACCUUGGGCUCUAUAACGUGAACGUGUUCCAAUCUGUUUUAUUCCAAUCUUUUCACGUCAUGCUUACGUAACUACCGACAAAAUCACGGGACGGUGACUCAAAGCGUUCAUUGUAAAGCCCAAUAAAAUACUCUCCUCGAUUGUAGGAAGUCACAUUUGCUUCCUUUUAAAGCAAAUAGCAUUGUCUACCGUGCUAUGGUUUCCUGACAAGAGGUGGGGAGCACUUAGAAAUCGAAAGGACUUCAUUGGGGACGGGCUAGUACAGUGGAAGUAAAUAAUCAGAUCAGGAAGCUCCUGAUCAGUGCUUUCUGAUCCUGUGUCAGCGUGAUCGGCGGGCACCCAUGUUCAUUCAUUCUGAAACGAGGCAGUCUCCGUCUAUUCUAAAAAAUAAAUUUUUCUUCGCCACAAUAAUUCAUCUUUAUGCAUGAACGUCACAUUAUCAUGGUGUGCUUUCGUGGAUAUGCGGCAUAAUGUGACAGACAGGCAAAGGGGGGGGG